AUGCAUCCGGAUCCAUUCUCUUGCAUAAUCUUCGAAGGAUUCGACAUUUUCAUCAAAACUGCUGAUAUUUCCGUAUACAGCCAUAACGUUGACGUUUUCGCUGUAUCGACGAUGAAUUGGCCGCUUCUUAUCAACAUUGCGUUGUCAACAGCUGGGUUCCUGGCCACGUUUAUCAUCAUACCAAAUUUCUACCAGGUCUUCAUUGACGCUGGUAUGUUUGGACGUGAUCUUAACAAGACAUCGAAAGCAAAAGUACCAGAAGCCCUAGGUGUCAUCUGUGGAGCUGUGUUUCUUAUGGUGAUGUUUUUAUUUAUACCAGUUCCUUUCCUGGAAAUAUUUUUGGCGGAUAAAUGGGAAAAGUUUCCACACCAUGAAUUUGUAGAGUUCAUCUGCGCUUUGCUUUCCAUUUGUUGUAUGAUAUUUCUUGGAUUCGCGGAUGAUGCACUGAAUCUGAAAUGGCGUCACAAGUUACUGCUACCUUCCAUGGCAUCGCUACCAUUGUUAAUGGUUUAUUUGGUUAACUUUGGUAACACUGUUAUUAUUGUACCAAAACCACUCAGGUUUCUACUGGGAAUAGAAAUAGACCUAUUUAUCCUAUAUUAUCUAUAUAUGGGAAUGUUAGCUGUGUUCUGUACCAAUGCUAUCAAUAUACUGGCUGGUAUUAAUGGACUAGAAGCUGGACAGUCAUUGGUCAUUGCUCUCUCAAUUGUCACAUUUAACUCAGUUGAAUUAUCAAGAGGAAUGUGGCGGAAUAAUCAAUUUUUAUCUCUGUAUAUUAUGAUGCCAUUUAUUGGAGUAUGUGCAGCACUACUUUACUAUAACUGGUAUCCUUCCAGAGUGUUUGUCGGCGAUACAUUUUGCUAUUUUGCCGGUAUGACGUUUGCAGUGGUCGGUAUCCUGGGACAUUUCAGUAAAACAAUGCUAUUGUUCUUUAUACCACAAAUCUUCAAUUUUAUCUACUCAAUACCACAGUUGUUUCAUUUUGUACCAUGUCCAAGACACAGAUUACCAAAGUAUGAUCCAAAGACAAACAAACUUGGAAUGAGUUACAGUAGAUUCAAACCUUCAGAACUGAAACCCCUUGGAUCAUUAGCUCUGUAUCUGUUUAAACUGUUUGGAUUAGUGCAGAUUAAUUACAACGUUGGUGAAGAUGGAGAAUAUAUGGAGUGCAAUAACCUCACACUUAUCAAUUUAAUCAUCAAAAUACUGGGUCCAACCCAUGAACAAACACUAACAGUUUAUCUUUUAAUAAUACAGGUAUUGGGAAGCUGCCUGGCAUUCUUUAUCAGGUAUAAACUGGCCAGUAUGUUUUAUGAUGUAGUACACUAACAGUGAUGAUGUAACCUUGAGAGUGCACCAGAAACAGUGACAUGGUAAAAAUAAAAGAGAAGUGGUUACAUAUUGCACUGCAAACAAUGACAAAUUAGACAGUGACGAUGUAAUACACUGAAAACAAUGACAAAUUAGACAGUGAUGAUGUAAUACACUGAAAACAAUGACAAAUUAGACAGUGACAAUGUAAUACACU